AUGAGCGAAUACGUGUGUGUCGCCAGUAACGGAAUCCCACCCGACGAAACGUGGACAGUAAAACUUCUAGUAACAUUCGCCCCACUGAUCCAAGCCAAGUCAACGUCUGUUCGUGUACCAGUAGGAGGUUUGGCGCGCCUUGUCUGUACGGCUGAAUCGUGGCCAAGGCCGGACGUCACCUGGGACAAAGAAGGACAACAGAUCUUCGAUUCGGAUAACUAUGCCACAUCCCAAACAGUCUCUGGUCAGUACCACAGCGUUCAUGUGUUAGAAAUUCGUCGAGUCGAAAAGCAUCACUAUGGGAGUUACCGGUGCACCGCUCGAAACGACAACGGUAUACAUUUCGCGGACAUUGAUUUAGAAGAAGCCGAGCCCAACUAUCUCUACACGAACGCUAUUCACGAAGGUUCUGGUUUAGUGAACGAGAGUGAUGACGAGGAUUCAGAUAAAGAAACGCCGGACGAGGUGAUUAUGCGUGACUCGGCCUACGCGCGAGCGAUCGACUCGCAACCUAGUUACGCGGCAAGAUGA